GGCAGAGGUGGCUCGGCGGCCGUCGGGCACGGACGGCUCAUCAUCUCAUCUCGUCUCAUCUCAUCUCGGCUCUGCUCGUCGCAUUUUGUCGCAGCUCAUCUCAGCACAGCUCAGCACAACACAGCACAGCACAGCACAGGAUCUCACGGCGAGGAAACAUGCCCGUCUCAAGGAUGCGCAUGAGACCCUGGUUGGAAAUGCAGAUUAAUUCCAAUCAAAUACCGGGGCUGAUCUGGAUCAACAAGGAUAAGAUGAUAUUUCAGAUCCCAUGGAAACAUGCAGCUAAGCAUGGCUGGGACAUGGAGAAGGACGCCUGCCUCUUCCGGAGCUGGGCCAUCCAUACAGGAAGAUAUAAAGUAGGCGAGAAGGACCCCGACCCAAAAACCUGGAAGGCGAACUUCCGCUGCGCCAUGAAUUCACUGCCCGACAUUGAAGAAGUGAAGGAUAAAAGCAUCAACAAAGGCUCCAGCGCUGUCCGAGUGUACAGGAUGCUCCCACCUCUGACAAAGGACCAGAAGAAGGAAAGGAAGUCAAAGUCUUCAAGGGAAGCAAGAAACAAGAGCAAGAGAAAGUUGUAUGAGGAUAUGAGGAUGGAGGAGUCAGCAGAACGACUAACCAGCACUCCUCUGCCCGAUGACCACAGCAGCUACACCGCUCACGACUACACGGGGCAGGAAGUGGAGGUGGAGAACACGUCCAUCACCUUAGACCUCUCGUCCUGCGAGGUGAGCGGCUCCCUGACCGACUGGAGGAUGCCGAUGGAAAUCGCCAUGGCUGACAGCACCAACGACAUCUACCAGCUGCAGGUGUCCCCUCUGGGGUCGUCCUCAGAAGAUGAGGAUGAAAUGAAAUCAAACAUUAUAAAGCUGCUCGAACCCACCCAGGACUGGCACACAACCAGCGUUGAGGGGAAAGGCUUCUUCACCAACGAGCCGGGCACGCAGACCAUGUGCAGCACGUUUGGCUACAAGGAGCAGGACGGCGAGAUCGACACGUCUUCGGCAGAGUUGGAGUUCCGCAUGAUGGACCAGAAGAGCAGCCUGGACUUCUCCUGGCUGGACACCGUCAGACCCAUGCAGGCCAUCUCCUGCAGCUUGUAAACCCUUGGCUUCCCAGCCCAUGAACUGCAUUUCUGUAGAGACUCUUAGAGACCUGAAGGGAAUGGCAGAAGUCGCUUGUUACUGACUGGAAGAGGAAAGAAGCCGUUUUAUUCCGUUUCACUUUUAGGCCUAAAGAAGCAAGAAAAUCUCCACGAGAAGUAGAGGACCCCAUCUCACACACAGGGCACCAAUGCUGUGCUCCCGAGGUGAUGCUCAUACUGCGAGCCAGGAGGUCCUGCAUCCCCAGCACUUUACUCAUGGGGUGCUUAGGAGACAGUGCAAUGGGUCUCUGUUGGUUGCUGCUCACUUGUGCAACACUGCUGACGUGACGAGCUUAAUGACUGUCAUUACACUUAGUCAGAGAAACUGCACUAAUUGGCCCUCUCUCUUCUUCGAUUUGCUCCAGCACAUAGUUCAAGUUCAGAUCAGAUCCUUUCAACUCGUGUAAAUAGUUUUGACCAAUAAAAUGUGAAAAUCCAGUUUAGGCUUUGCUUCCAUUUAGCACACUUACCCAGGUCCACUCAUAGGCUGUUAUCUGCUCAUAGGCAUGCCGUGUCCAUUCCCACCGAACAGUGGAGGAGCUGCCACAUGAUAUACUUUUGCACUGACGAGGGCAGAACUUUUAUUUAUGCAAUGCUUUUCAGAGCUCUGUUUUAGAACUCCUCCUGCCAGCAGAUCCUGCAGUUCUGCAUCCCGCGAGCUGCAGCUGCCCCGGGCAAGGACACACAAAAGAAGGAUGGAGGAGGUUCUAGUCCAUGCAUAAUGCAUAGAAAACAAAUCACUAAGAUGCCAUAGACUUAUUUUCUUGUACAUUUUAUUUUUGUAUAUAAAGUGUUGUAUAUUUGUUGUAAUAAAAGUGUUUUAUAUACGA